UUCAGAAGCUUUUAUUUACCAUUCGGUCACCGCCAGAUAAAACGAUCAAUUGAUAUUGAUUGCAUUGAUUUCGGUAAUCGGGAAGUAAUUGAAUAUCGCCAAGAUCGCUGACAUUAUCCCCAAACUGUCGUAAAACGUGCGCUCUUACGUCGGUUGAGCUAGCGUGUGUGUUUUGUGUGUGUGGUGAGUUCUCCUCUCCCACUGGCCCCUCUCUCUUUCUGUCACUCUUUCCCCCCGCCCCUCGUUUGGCCCCACGUUGGCUCAGCGCGCAAAAGUAAAGUUUAGUGCAAAUAAAUAGCUUUGCUUAUCUCAAAGCGCGGGCUCGAAUGAUGAACAUGUGCCUGUGUCUGCGUGCUAGUGUGUGCCGAGUGAGUGCGAGUGUUGUUAAUUAAUUUACAAAACAGAAGUGCGAAAAGGCAAACGAAAAACACAACAGCAACAACAAGCAAGGAACGGUAGUGGCAUGUGGGGCAAUUCGCCCACCUAAAAAGCACCAGUCCCCCCCUCCGCCUGCGUGAACUGCAGCCUGCAGCCAGAAAACGAAAGUUCUUUUACAUGUAACAAACAAAAACAACAACAACCACCACACGUAAAUACUCUGAGAGAGCAGAGAGAGACUGCUGCAAAGUGAGAGAGAGAGACAGCGGACCAGAGAGCCACUCGGACACUUGGCCUUGAACUUGUGGGACGUUAUACAACUGGACAGCAUACAAUUCUCAGGUGGAAACGGCAACGUCCACGUUGAUGUCAAUUUCCCGUUAACAGCGAACAAUAAACCAAUGUACAAAUCCCUCAGAUAGAAGGGUAUAUAAGUAAAGUUUUCUAGAUCUAUACACGGAUAUUGGCAACCUAUAAUGGCAGCUGAGCUGUGGCCAUAGAUACAUUUUGGUGGAGAAAAACUGCAAGGAUAGUUGGAAUCAGUCUCAGAAUCAGCACCAUCUUUUGUACCUGUUGUCGGCAAAAACAAGUUACCUGAGGACAAUUUAUAAAUAUAUAUAUAUGGAAACCCAAUUAUAUAACGUAGUAUAUACACACACCUCAAUAUACAAGGAGAAUUUGCCGUUUUGACAAGCCGUCCACUUAUACAAAAACACACACUAAAGGAGCCAGGAAGAACGUUAAAUAUGCCCCUCGUCUGCCACAUUAAUCCGAAGGAGCAGAGGAGCAACUAAGAGCGAGUAUUCAGCGUACAAGAGUAACACAGGAGGAGGAUCCACAGGAAUCCAACCAAAUCAGCCAGCUGAGCAGCAUCAGCAUCUCCAUUAUAUUUGCAAGGAGCAGAAAACUGUUGCCAUGGGUCGCAAGAAAAUUCAAAUAUCACGCAUCACCGAUGAACGCAAUCGGCAGGUGACCUUCAACAAGCGCAAGUUUGGCGUCAUGAAGAAGGCCUACGAGCUGUCCGUGCUCUGCGACUGUGAGAUCGCCCUGAUCAUCUUCUCGUCGAGCAACAAGCUCUAUCAAUAUGCCAGCACCGACAUGGACCGCGUCCUGCUCAAGUACACCGAGUACAACGAGCCCCACGAGUCCCUCACCAACAAGAACAUCAUUGAGAAGGAGAACAAGAACGGCGUCAUGUCGCCGGACUCACCUGAAGCUGAAACGGACUACACACUGACACCGCGAACGGAGGCCAAGUACAACAAGAUCGACGAGGAGUUCCAGAACAUGAUGCAGCGCAAUCAGAUGGCCAUUGGCGGAGCAGGUGCUCCGCGCCAAUUGCCAAAUAGCAGCUACACGCUGCCCGUCUCCGUCCCCGUGCCGGGCUCCUACGGCGACAAUCUGCUGCAGGCCAGCCCCCAGAUGUCGCAUACCAUCAGCCCACGUCCAUCGAGUUCGGAGACGGAUUCAGGUGGGAUGUCCCUGAUAAUCUAUCCAUCGGGUUCCAUGCUGGAGAUGUCGAACGGCUAUCCGCAUUCACACUCGCCGCUUGUGGGAUCACCGAGUCCGGGUCCCAGUCCUGGCAUAGCCCACCAUUUGUCCAUCAAGCAGCAGUCGCCGGGCAGCCAGAAUGGACGAGCUUCCAACCUAAGGGUCGUCAUACCACCGACCAUUGCUCCCCUACAGACCAACAUGUCCGCGCCCGACGAUGUCGCCUAUGCAGAUCAACGACAGAGCCAGGCAUCGCUGAACACGCCCGUUGUCACGCUGCAGACGCCGAUACCCGCCCUCACGAGCUACUCCUUUGGGGCGCAGGACUUCUCCUCCUCCGGGGUGAUGGGCAGCGCGGACAUUAUGAGCCUCAACAACUGGCAUCAGGGCCUGGUGCCGCACUCUAGUCUCUCGCACCUGGCUGUCUCGAAUAGCACGCCGCCGCCCGCCACCUCACCCGUCUCCAUUAAGGUGAAGGCGGAGCCGCAGUCGCCGCCGCGCGAUCUCUCCUCCAGUGGCCAUCAGCAGAAUAGUAACGGAUCCACGGGCAGCGGCGGUUCCAGCAGCAGCACCAGCAGCAAUGCCUCGGCCAGCGGUGGCGGAGCAGGAGGAGGAGGAGGUGGAGGUGGCGGUGGUAAUUCAGCCGCCGCCAAUGUCAUUACGCACUUGAACAAUGUCAGUGUCCUGGCAGGAGGUCCAUCGGGACCAGGCGGCGGUGGCGGAGGAGGUGGAGGUGCUGGAUCUGGUGGCAGCAAUGGCAACGUGGAGCAGGCCACCAAUCUGAGCGUGCUGAGCCACGCGCAGCAGCAGCACCUGGUUAUGCCCAACUCGCGGCCCUCGUCCACGGGUCACAUCACACCCACACCAGGGCAUGAUAAGUAUGAAGGAUAUCCGUACCGCGCGCUAAUGGGACAUAAUCCUAGAUGGAAUUUUGCCGGUGCGCCGAGCAGCGACCAGGAUGUGCGUCUCGCCGCCGUGGCCGUCCAGCAGCAGCAACAGCAACAGCAGCAACACCAGCAGCAGCAGCAACAACAGCAGCAACAGCAGAUGGGCGACUACGAUGCACCCAACCACAAACGGCCGAGAAUAUCGGGCGGAUGGGGCACAUAGCCGGCACGUGGUGUAGGCACCAGCAGCAGCCACUACAAGCCACAUCACAACAACAACAGCAACAAUAACAACAACCACCACCACACCAGCUGCAGCGCCACCACCAGCAGCAACUCCAUCAGCAGCGGCACCAAAAAGCCCACGGACUGCGACGAUCUGGUCAUGAUGCCGCCACCGCCACGCAAGGAGCUCCUGCAUUCGCGUAGCAGCAGCUCCUAUGGCCUCCUGCAGGCUACGGGCUACGACUGUUACGGCCAGCAGCUGGCCGUGGCCUACGGGUCACAGCAGCAUCCGUAGCAACCGAUCCCAAACCCACACCAGUGCAAUAGUUUCGAGGGGAGUUAGCUGGAGGAGCAGGAGCAGGAGCAGGAGCAGGAGC